CAAAAAUUGAGUUGUCAUGUAUAAUAUCUCUGAGUAACUCUGACUCUAUUUUUGGGUAUUACACAAGAAACCGUUUUGGAGUUACCAAACGGAAAAGCCGUUUCUCGCCAAGUUAAAAAUUCCAAGCGUCAUCCGCCAUUUUCCAUUAGUAGGUACACGCUCGUUUAGUUAUCGCUCAUCACUUUUUCACAAAUAAAAAUUUGUUCAAAUAUUUAUAAUAGUUGAAGCUAGAGUUGUAGUGUGUAAAAUACAUUUUAAUUGAAAGAGUGGAUUUGAACAACCAGCAUGCAGAAGAUUUCGGAAGAGGUGGAUGCUGAAACUGCAAUGAAGUUGCGAGCCCAAAAAAUAAACGAUCAGAACCUAGUUCUGCUCAACGAUGCCGACCUAGUUGAAAUGGGGAUAAUCGAAAAAGGAUCCCGUCUAACAAUUCUUAACAUAAUAAAAAACUAUAGUUCUGAAGCUAAUCCGACCAAAGAUAAAAUUGAUGAGACUUCCACUAAUGUUCAAAAUUUGAUUAACCGUUCGACAUUCGAAGAUGACGCAAAACUCCGAAUGAAAAUUUUGUAUCCAAUUUUGGAUCAAGGGAUCGUACCAGAUAAGGACGGUUUAAAUCAUCUUACACGAGUCGCAUGCAAGCAAAUGGAGACUCAAAUAAUGGACGGUCAAAGGCAAGUAGAAAGUUUUAUUUGUUACUCUACUAGUGCAUCAAACUAUGAACACUCCUUAAAGUGUGAUAGAAUGAAUUGUUUACAUUGA